GCUACACAUCCAGAGCCAUAGAGCAAGACCCCACCUCAAAAAUAACGAAGCAUUAAGUUAUCUAUAAAUGGCAGGGUUGUAGGUUUUUUACCUGUGUCUGUUCCUCACAAUUCAGCAGCUCUGCAGAGGGUGUAUUAGUUUUAUGGAGUUAUUUUGGAAAGCUGACAUACUUAAACAUUUCAUUUACCCUUUGUAAACUGAUUUUCUGUCUUAAACUUGGGAUUUGGGGUUUGUUUAGCAGAAGAAAGUAUUUUGCUUUAAUGCAUGUGGGCUCUUACAGGAGAGCAGCUUAGACGGGCCACUCAUGAUAGUGGCUUAUUAUUCCUCAGUUCUGGAGGCUGGAGGGGCUGAAACCAAGGUGCCUGCAGGCUCUGUCCGAGAACGGCCUGCUCCUCACAGAUGCCAUGUUAUGUGUCUCACAAUGAGAAGACAAGCAAUCUUUCAAAGCCUUUUUAAAGUAUAGUUUUAUUCUUUGAGAAUUUUAUACAGGCAUACAGUGUAUUUUGGUCAUAUUCACCUGACUCCUUACCCUAAUUCAUGUUCCAGACCCACCCCCUCCCAAAUUCACCCCGAAAUUCAGUUUAAAGUUGUAUCUCUACAAGACUUUGGCUUCCCGUAGUUCCCAGUGAUAACUACCACUUAUUAGAUACUUACUCAGAGGACUUGAAACGUGUUUCACUCCGACAGUGCCCUGUAAGGUGUGGGUGCUGUCCUGUUUCUAAUGCUCACCAGCACGUUUCCCAUGAGGUAUUUUUUGAAUUACUGUUUAGUCUGAAGCUAACAAACUUCAUGAUCACUCCAUAAAUUCAAUCCAGGGCUGGGCACAGGCAGUUCAGCCACAGAGCCUUGGCCCCAGCCCAGCAUGAGGUCCGGACAAGAGGCCAGAACCUACAGAAUAGCAAGGGUGAGAACCUGCAUCCGCCUGGGCUCCAUCUGCCUGGGCUCCAGCAUACUCACCAGCUCUUUCCUGCUAAAACUGACAGCUCUCACAGAAACUAUCUUAAAGAUAAUAUUUUUAUCUUGCCUUGUGGCAUUGGGAACAAUGUGAAGCAAGUUAAACUGUGAGCAAAACAAGCCGUCCACGUGUGAGCCUCCACUACAAACCAACAUUCCGCACAGAGUAAGACAAGCUGUCCACGUGUGAGCCUCCACAACCAACCAGCAUUCCACACAGAGUAAGACAAGCUGUCCACGUGUGAGCCUCCACUACAAACCAACAUUCCGCACAGAGUAAGCAUUUGGCUAGGACAGGUCUGCAGUCCGCAGCCUGCACGGCAGGAACACUGGUGGUAGCGAGGACUGGAAAUGGCCGUCUUUGCACUAACCCUUCCAAGUCUGUAAACACAAGGCCUCUGUGGCGGGGCUGACUCCCCAAGAGCCUGCUGUACUGAGGAGUAACCCUUCUUAGACCGAGUCUUACAGAAUACCUCAGCUCUGAAGCUCCUCAUACAGUGGACUUGCUCCUCACAUCUCGCUGUCCGUCCCCUUCCAUGUGGCCUGUCCUGCUCUGGGUCCUGUCUUUAUAUGGGCUUCCAAGACAUGUCCAACUCGUAGGAAAUAAACUGACAUGCUCUCCUGUUGACCUUUCAUGUCCCUUUAUCACAUGGGCCCAGCUAGGACUCUGGGAUGGAAGUGGAAUACGGCACCCCUACAUGGGCAGGGGCAGCUGUGCUUCGGACGGUGUAGCAUCUUCUAAUAGGUGAAGAAGGCAAGGGCUACUUGGGUAGACGUGAAGUCCUGCUCAGAUCACCACUGUGUUCAGCUGGAUUCAGCUAACUCACCCAGCCUUACUCAGUCAGUUAGAGCCAGGUUCGGCAUGGCUGGUGAAGCACAAGGUGAAAGGGUCAUCGUCGCACUGCUGACCUGAUUUCCAGGGGUCUCUCUAAGGCUGUCACAGAGCACAUCUCGCUUAGCUUGGCUAAGGUCGACUUUAAUCCUGAAUUUAUUUUUUUUUAAAAAGUUGCAUUUACAAAGUUCUAAUAAAAACAAAUAUGCAUUUAUGAACUCAUUUCAAAUAAAACAAGGUCAGCUCAUCAGCAAAAAAAUACUUUAAAAUACAAUAAAAGAUGACAUCUUCCCUUCCUAAGAGUCUACCCGAGCUAAACAUCAACAUGAAAAGACAAUUACCUGCGUAAUAUGAUGCACAAUUAAUAAAAACUCAAAGAGAGAAAUUGGGGUUCAGCCUGAAGAUCCGCAAAGCAAAACAGUCAGCCACUGGCUCUUACCAGGACCUCAGUCUGAAAUGGCGACCCUGCCUCCAGGAAUCUCAGCAGGAGACUGUAUCUGAGAACUGUGUCCUCCUGUUUUAUAAUCCUCUCUAGGCCUGGGGUUAAAGGCAUGCGCUGCCUGGUUUCCAUGGUAAUUAGUGUGGCUACUGGGAUUAAAGGUGUGUGUCACCACUGCCUGGUCUGCAAGGCUGACCAGGGGCUGUUUUACUUUCCCGAUCCCCAGGCGAGCUUUAUUAAAAUACAAUGGAAAUGCCACUACAGUAAUAUGCCACCUAAAAAGAAAUAUAACUGUUGUAGGAAGGGGAUUUGUGUCCGGUCAGUUGAGGCCCUUGAACCCCAUGCCUUCCGACCUGUAAAUGGAUGGAUGCAGGGCUCAGGCAGACGAUGUUUAUUCAUAGAGGGCAGGAUGCCUUCAAUUAGGAGAUGGCUUGGAAUGGGGUGGUUUCCCCUGCUAUCUUAAAUCUUUCAUUUCCAGUUACUGCUCGGAACGCAGGUUUCUGAGUAUCUGUCCUAAAAGUCAGUGUUCCUUUAAAGCCUUCAUCUUCCUUGCAGGCUCAAUGUGGACAUUCUCAGUUUAGGAUGCGGGAAUGAGCCAGGGCUUACAGCAUGUUGUGGAGGACGUCGUGGAAGGUGCUGACGGGACCCCAGCUCUGCAGGCUGCGUCUUUACAGAACACCGCCACCAGCUCUCAAAAUCAGACCUUUGGCGUGUGUCACCUAUGAAACAGACAGCCGGUCAAACCAAGAGAACACGAGAACAGUGGCUGGGCUCCACGCGUGCUCCGUGGACGUCAGGAAGAUCCGCAGACUGAAACCAUGGGUGCUUCUAGAGGCUGACACCCACGUUGAAGAGAUUGCAGACAUUCUGAAAGAACUAGGUGCCAGCAAGACUGUGGUAGCCAGUAUCUUGGAACGCUGUCCAGAAGCGAUCGUCUGCAGCCCUGCUGCAGUUAAGGCCAAAAGGGAACUCUGGCAGAUGGUCUGCAAAAGCGAAGCAGAGCUAAUCCGGUUAAUAGAGCAGUUCCCAGAGCCUUUCUUUACUGUUAAGGACCAGGAGAACCAGAAGCUCAAUGUUCAGUUCUUUCAAGAGCUGGGGCUCAAGAAUGUGGUGAUUAGCAGGUUUCUGACAACUGCCUCUAGCAUCUUCCGUAAUCCUGUAGCGAACAACAAGCGGAUGAUAGGGGUUCUCCAGGAGAGCUACCUACACUUGGGUGGCUCUCCGGCCAACGCCAAAGUGUGGCUGCUGAAGUUACUAAGCCAAAAUCCAUUCAUUGUGUUGAGUUCUCCCAUGGCUGUAGACCAAAUACUAAAAUUUCUUCAAGGGCAAGGUUUCACAGACUCUCAAGUUCUUCAGCUGCUGUCCAAACUGAAAGGGUUUCUUUUUCAACUGCAGCCAGGAAGCAUCCAGAACAGUAUUUCCUUCGCUAAGACGACUUUUGAAUGCACAGACCGUGAGCUGCGGCAGUUAGUUGUGGACUGUCCUGUGCUGCUGUGUUACCCUGCCCCAGUUCUAGAAGAGAGGAUCCAGGCCCUUCUGAAGGAAGGCAUCUCCAUGGCUCAGAUAAGAGAGUCCCCAAUGGUCCUUGAGUUAACGCCACAGAUAGUCCAAUACAGGAUAAGAAAGCUGAACUCCUUGGGCUACAGAAUAAAGGAUGGCCAUCUAGCAAGUCUAAACGGAACAAAAAAGGAGUUUGAGGCUAACUUUAGCAAAAUGCAAGCCAAGCAAGGAAGGCCACUAUUUAACCCUGUGGCACAAUUAGAUGUGGACGAGUGACGGGGAGCUUCUUUCUGGCAGGGAAAGUGACCGAUUCACAAACAAGCGAUUCAGCUUGUGAGUACUAGGGAGUCUCAGGACCUACUGAGAUUUGAGUUGUGUUCAAAUUGCCUCACAACUGAUGGCCUCUGACUCAACUGCUGCGUUUUAAAAUAUAAAAUAAAUAUAAAUUGUGUUU